AAAAAAUUAAAAAUUAUUAUUUUCAUUAAACAAUAAACAUCUUCUUAAACAAAUAUUUAAUUUCUUUGUUUCAAUUAAUCUUAGUCUUAUACUUCAGUUUCGUACUGUCGUAGCUUCAAUAUACGCACAAAUCCAGCAUGUACUGUCUUCAAUGGUUGAUACCCGUGUUGCUCAUACCAAAACCACUGAAUCCUGCGCUAUUGCAGACUCAUGUCAUGUUCAUGGUUUUAUACUUGACAGGAUUCUUUUUGGAACGGAAGCCAUGUACCAUAUGCAGCAUAGUGUUCCUAGUAGCAGUGUUCCUGAUAUGUUAUAGUGGGUAUGGCAAUUGUAUAUUCUUCAGCAGCAACUGUGAUUCCGUGCAGUGUGAUAACGGUUAAGGAGAAGACGUUGAAAGCAGCUCAUGUACCAUACUCAAGUGUUUAGGAAUAUUUAUUUAUUUUAAUUAUUUUUUUCAUAUUUUUUUUUUCUUAUGAAAUCAAUUACUUAAGUUAACCAAAAUUAAGUUUAUGUAAAAAAUAAAUGUACAACUCAAAUA